AUGGCAAGAAAUGCAGAGUUCAUUAUUCAUGAUAGAUAUAAACUAGAAAAGAAAUUAGGAGGAGGGUCAUUUGGAGAUGUUUUUCAAGGAACAGACUUAGAGACAGGACAAUCAGUUGCUAUAAAAAUUGAAUUAAAAAAAUGCAAACAUCCUCAACUUAAAGCAGAAGCACAACUUUAUGCAUAUCUUGCAGAAGGAGAAACAAAUCCCCCAGGAAUUACAAAAGUGUAUUAUUCAGGAGAACAAGAUGAUUAUAAUAUAAUGGUAAUGGAAUUUCUUGGACCAUCAUUAGAAGAUCUUUUUCAAUAUGUUGGACAUCCAUUUUCAUUAAAAACAGUAUUAAUGAUUGUGGAUCAAUGUUUAAGAUGUAUUGAACAUGUUCAUAAAAAAGGAUAUAUUCAUAGAGAUAUUAAACCGGAUAAUUUUGUUAUGGGAAGUGGUAAAAAUGUUCAUUUUGUAUAUAUAAUUGAUUUUGGGUUAAGUAAAAAAUACAUUGAAAAUGGAAAACAUAUUGCAUAUAGUGAAGAUAAAUCAUUAACAGGAACAGCAAGAUAUGCGUCUAUUAAUAAUCAUAAAGGAUAUGAACAAAGUAGAAGAGAUGAUUUAGAAAGUUUAGCAUAUAUGUUUAUUUAUUUUCUUAAAGGAAAAUUACCAUGGCAAGGUUUUAAUAGACAAAAUAAUACUGAAAAAUUUGAUAAAAUUUGUAAAAAAAAAAUGGAAAUUCCUUUAGAAGAAUUAUGUGAAAAUCUUCCUGUUGAAUUUGCUUCAUUUCUUUCUUAUGCAAGAAGUCUUAGAUUUGAAGAAGAACCAAAGUAUCAAUUUUGGAGAGAAGUUUUUCAAAAUGUAGCUAGGGAAAAUGGUAUUGAAUAUGAUGGUGAAUUUGAUUGGUAUUUAACUAAACAAAAAUAA